GAGAACAUCAACCUUGGUUAGGGUUGCACUACAUUUUCGGUCGUGCACAGAAUAUGCCCUGCCACAGUCCUCCAGUCCUACACCCUCCCAUUUAUUGCACUGCCUGCUUUGCGUGUGGAUUCUGAUUGCGGAUUCAACUCCAGUUUCAUACGCCAACAGUAUAUUGCAAAUGAUUGGUCUUCUGCAGCUUCUGCUUUUCAUCGACUAUGAUUGAUUGGUGGACCUUGAGCAGGGUUUGUGACGAAGGCGAGGGCCAUGGAGGUUGAAGUGAGGCGAGUAGGGCUGCAUAGCUGUUUUGUAGCCCUACCACCCUCACUAUUAGAAAUUCUUCUUUCUGGCAGUAACCUCCCAACCUUCCCAGUCGUACUUGAGCUGAAACCUGUCAGUCAUUCUGCUGGAAAUACUACAAGCUUCGUAGCUUGGAAUGGGGCUGCAUCAACGUCUUCACAUAUUGAGGUGUCAGAAGCAUUGGCAGAAUGCCUGGGACUUGUCAAUGGAGCACGAUUUCGCGUACGUGCAAGGAGCGAUGUGGCAGAAGCCGAGACCAUCGUGGUCGAACCUGCGACAGAAGAUGACUGGGAAAUUUUGGAGCUGAAUGCAGAGUAUCUGGAAGAUCACAUAUUGUCUGAAGUGGGCGUUCUGCACGAAAGACAACAAUUUCCUGUAUGGGUUGCGGGAAAGGUGGUAUUAAAGCUUUGUGUGACGUCCACCAUACCUCAAGGAAUUGUGAAGUUGGUUCCAGGUGCAGAAAUCGUCGUUGCACCAAAGAAACGUGAAGUCUUGGCUGCGAGUGAUGUGGCAGAUGGUGAAUCUUCGAGUGAAGAAACGCCUCUAGUUGCGGUGAGGGACGCAUGGCUACGUGUGCAAGAGCUUGAUACCUCUCUUUUCCAGAAUCUGAAUUUAGAGAAUAUCAAGUGUGCUACAACUCCCUCCACAACGAUAUACAUAUCUCCAGACACCGGAAAAUUCUUGUCCUUCGAAGAUGGUCAGCUUGUCUCCGUGAGCAAUGGACAGGCUCAGGGUCAUGUUCAAAAGGCUAGAGUAAGCAAUGCUUCCCUCAACAGGGGCGGCCAUACCGAAGGAUAUCAUGAGAAGAAUGACAGAGUAUUUUAUCCCGAUGAGGCUUCUGAUGAUGGCGAGGAAAUACUCAACAGACAAGCUCUCGUGCGCGUUGCAAUCAGGGAAGGCGUUGCAGCUGGACAUGCCAUGGUUGGGUUCACCCUGCGACUUUACAUUGGAGUUACUGUUCACAUGCCUAUUCAAUUGCAAGCUGUCCCUCGUAAGAAGGUCCUUCGGCCAAGUUUUCUUGAAGUCUCGCCUGUACUUUUCCAUGUGAUCGAAGCUGAGGAACACUCAGCCGCUGGUAGAGAUGAUGGUCUGGGAUCAGGCGCCAAUGUUCGGUCUUAUGAGGAAAAUGAAGACGAAACCUAUGCGUAUGCUCAACAAGGGAAUCGUAGCAGGUGGCAGGGGCAUCGUAAUCUACUCGCUGCAGCCAGCAGUUGUUCUGGUGAGAAGUCUGUUAAUGAUGACACGCGUGUGUUGUCUUUGCUCAAGGCGUGGUUGGAAGCACAAUUGAUUCUCAGUGGCAGAUCACCUGAUGACCAGGAAGGUAUUCCAGUAGCAAAUGAAGCUGUUAUUCAUAUCAGGGUAGUUUCUCGUUCCCAAGAACAGAAGUCGGAAGAACAGAGAAGGUCGCAGGACGAAAGUAUGCCGGAAAUAUUUUCGAAAUCCUCGUCGAAGAAUAAGACUGGUGUAAGAAAUUUCCUUUUCCUUGUUAGUGCGAAAAGUGGGAUUACAGCAGGCUCGAAAACUGAUGGUAAUCAAAGGAAGGACAGUAAACAAAGGCCACGAAGGGAUGCGCAGCAGCCUCCGUACUUUCUCUUGAACAGAAAUAUCCUAGGCGACGGCUUGGUAGCUUCAGACGAUAAAUCGCCUGAAAUCAAUACCGAUGUCAAAACUUUUCAUCAAGGACGCCCUUGUUAUCUCCCCUGUGCUACAAAUCUGGACUCGGAGCUCACUGAAGGGCCAGUUCUGACAUCGCUUAGCUGGUUAGAAGCACCGGCUUCAGAAGCAAUGACUAGACUGAAAAUUCAACUUUCAUAUUCGCUACGAAACAAAAUGAAAUUACUGGGUACUCCACUCCCUGGAUUUGUUCUGAUUCAUGGACCUCCCGCAUGCGGGAAAACCCAGUUGGCUAUGGCGCUCUCUCGUGCUCUUAAUGAAGAUCCUCACGUGCUGGCUCACCGAGUUGUGGUACGAUGCACGGAGCUGGUUGGGGAACAAGCCAUGAGAAUCAGAGGUGUAUUGCAGGACGCUGUCUUAGAAGCAGUACAUCAUGCUCCGUCCUUAAUCAUACUCGAUGAUUUAGAUUCACUCCUCUCUGCCGCUGAGUCAGAUGGCCCUGAACCGGGAGUCGCUGUGCUCUCAAUCGCGGAAUACCUUGCUGAUCUCAUGGAUUUAUGCCAGGGACGGAGGGACAACAUUUUCUCUGCUGCAGCUGUUGCCUUUUUGGCUGUUGCAAAGUCACCCACAGCUCUUCCAAAAUGUCUCUGCUUUUCAGGACGGUUGGAUUACUACGUACAACUACCCGUUCCUGCAGCCACAGAAAGAGCGGCUAUUUUGACUCAGGUUGUGAUGUCCCGAGGAUUGCGAUGUUCGUCCUCUGUUGCAACGAAAGCUGCUGCAAGUUGUGACGGUGCAGAUGCCACAGAUAUGGAACUUUUGGUGGACAGGGCAGUGCAUGCCGCUGCAAGUCGUUUUUUAUCUUCAAAAGCGAGUAUUGUAGAAAUCCCAAGUCUGGCACCGGCAGUGUCUAGUGCUUCACCUGAGGAGCAAAUUACUCUGAUGGAAGAAACACCGGAAUCUCAAUCUGUACUUACUUCGAAGAAGAAUAACAAGUUCGAGAUUCUUGAAGAAGAUUUUACAGCUGCUCUUGAAGAUUUUGUUCCUGUUGCAAUGAGGGGCAUUGGGAAAAGUGGGAACCAACUCUCACACUUGGGUUGGGAGGAUGUCGGAGGCUUGGAUUCAACCCGAGCUGCUCUGCAAGAGAUGUUGGAAAUGCCUGUCAAGUACAGCAGUAUUUUUGCAACGGCUCCUUUGAGGCUACGUACAGGAGUUCUUUUGUAUGGGCCACCAGGCUGUGGCAAGACUCACAUAGUGGGCGCUGCUGCCGCAGCUUGUUCUCUUCGUCUUCUGUCCGUAAAAGGUCCAGAGCUCUUAAAUAAGUACAUCGGUGCUUCAGAACAAGGGGUUCGGGAUAUUUUUGCCAAGGCCGUUGCUGCAUCACCAUGCAUCUUAUUUUUUGACGAGUUUGAUGCCAUCGCUCCGAAGCGAGGUCACGACAAUACAGGUGUUACCGAUCGAGUUGUCAAUCAACUUUUGACAGAAUUAGAUGGGGUGGAGGCCCUGAAUGGAGUUUUUGUUUUCGCUGCCACAAGCCGACCUGAUCUCUUGGAUGCGGCACUUUUGCGGCCUGGAAGACUUGACAGACUGCUUUUAUGUGAUUUCCCUACAUUGGAAGAACGCCUGGCGAUAUUGGAUGUCCUUGCCCGGAAGCUUCCAAUGGCAGAUGACGUUGACUUGCAUGUAGUCGCAUCAUUAACGGAAGGUUUCAGUGGUGCGGAUCUGCAAGCAGUUUUGUCUGAUGCUCAGCUGGAGUCUGUUCAUACCUUUCUAGAUGAUCCUAGUAAUGCAGGUCACAGAUCUUUGUCAGACCAAAAGCCUGUUAUUACCAUGCCUCAACUUAGAGAAACAGUGAUGAAAGCAAGGCCCUCGGUACCAGAAGCAGAAAGACGUCGGCUGAAUGGAGUUUAUGAAUCUUUCAUAGGAGCAAAAGCAUCGUCGAAGGCAAGGGACGUAAAAGGCAAGCGAGCAACGCUGGCUUGAAUUGCUGGAUAGCAACGGGCACUUCAAUGCAAAUCAGCUGCGCUCUCUCAUCAGAACUUCGAGUCAAGGUGACAGUGAACGCAGUCACUUCGUUCGGCAGUGGCUAAUCCCCGCGUUAUCUCCUGAAGAAAUGGUCGUCUAGCCUUGGAGCCGCCACAUUGGUUGGGUAUCACUUAAGCACUAUCCAACUGGAAGAUUUAGAAGCAUUCUGCCACCACUCCAUCACGCAGCAGCAAUUUCAACUAGGAAUGUGCUGAUGCCGCUCGCUCUGCUGUUGUUGAAAGUCAUCUCCACUGCGCAGCAUACAGGAGAGCUCGUUCGAUCAUUUGUAAUAUGUCCUCUUUGGGAUGCCAAAGUAUCUUCGCAACGAAGUAAAGAGUCAAGACUUUGUGCGAAAUUUAUCCAACAAUGUAAAAGUAUGGAUUAUCUCUUGUGUACCACCCAAUCCCCAGGGCUAGACCUUGAUUUGCACUCCGUUACGCAGUAUAUCAUCGGUACUAGCUUCAAAAAUACUGCCCUACGUAUUCAUUCAUCGUGUUAUCAAU